GUGGCAACAUGGAUAUCAACAGGGUUAGCAAUUGAAGAGGCUCAGAUUGCAUUGCUCAUUGAGGUCCGAAGGAUCGGAAGAAGAUCCACCGAGACACAGAGAUUAGACAUUGCCCGUCAACGGGAUCGGCUCCAAGGCCAGAUAGAUGGAUUUGCUCGGUCUGCUCUAACACAUCUCGGGGAGGGAUUUGAUGCAGAUGAUGAACCUGAGGACUUGGAUGUAGACAUUCUAGAUGAUCUCGAUGAUGACCUGGCGGAUUUCACAGAGACAUCUCAUACAUGGACAAACUCUCCCGAGCUCACUGUAAUUCCAUUGCCAUCAAACCUGGGGGUUGAUAGAUGCAGACAAUGCAUGGCAGAGGAUCUGAUUCCCCUGGAGAUGUCGCUUCAUGAAGGGCAGGCCAAUGAUGCCCUUCACAAUCUCCGCAUUUACCUUUGCAACAAGGCCAUCCUGUUCCGAACAACCGUUAGGCGGGCCAAAUCCCAGGCCCUGAAAACUUGA